AACGAUUUUGUGCAAUCCAGGGAAACGACGUAGUUUUCGUUGAAUGGUGAUCCUGGAAUUUAUCUGAUCAACUGAUUAAGUUUUCGAGUCUCCGCCUACCAUAUUUCCAUGGCUGCAGCACUCUCACUGUCUCUCUGCUUGGAUCCCCAAAACCUCCAUAACCAGAAGCUUACCCACCUCAACCCUAACAAAGCGUAUCCCUUUCUAACAUCCAGACAACCCCUUUUUCCCCUUCGUCAAUUUGACGGGUACAAUUUCAGGUCUUCUGUUUCCUCCCCCUGCUCCUCCGCCGACUCUGCCUCUCCGUCGACAUUCUACUCCUUUCAAGAUGAACCAUUUCGAGUAGGCCGGUUCUUGAGCAAUGAAGAGCUCGAAAAGCUCAAAGCGCUUGAGUCUUUUGUGUAUUUCCAGGAACUGGAAUCUGGGUCGAUGUGGGUUCGGGCCAUGAGGCCAGAGGAUAUGGAUUCGACGGUUCGGUUGCUGGCUGACUCGUUUGCGGAGUCAAUGUCGUUGCAAUUCGAGGCUCUGUUGAGGUUCUUGGUGAAGCAGUAUUUGAUUGAGAGGAGAGGAGUGAUGCCGCAUGCGGUUACGCUGGUGGGGUUCUUUAGAGAGCGAGGUAGUGAGGAAGGGGAAGAGGAGGUGGCGGGGACCGUGGAGGUUUGCUUUGAUAAGAGGGGCGCUAAUGCUUCUCCUCCUACGCCUGCGCCUCCCAAGAAUUCGCCUUAUAUCUGUAACAUGACUGUCAGAAAGCCGCUCAGAAGGAAGGGCAUUGGUUGGCACCUUCUUAAGGCAAGCGAGGAACUGAUAUCUAAUAUGACUUCCACAAAAGAGGUUUACUUGCAUUGUAGAAUGAUAGAUACAGCUCCGUUCAACAUGUAUAUAAAAGCAGGAUACGAGAUUGUGAGAACAGAUAGUAUCUUGAGCCUGUUGAUGUUGCAGAGACGCAAGCACUUGAUGUGCAAAAUGCUUCCUGUCUUUUCUAGUUCUCAAGAAUCAGAUAUGUCAGACUCUGAUGAGGAACUUCCUUCAUGAAGGGAUAAAAUCCAAAUGAUAAUCUUCCAAGGAUGUAAUGGAAUCAGCUUGUAAUGUUUGUCCAACUUACCCAUAUUUCUUGCUACAAACUCAACUGAUGUUCCAGUCCAAUAUCUCCUGCUUUUAGUUUUCUGUAUGAGAUAACACAACAUGUUACAGGUAAACUGCAUUAGUCUUCAAUGUUUCACAUAUUGUCAAAUCAUAGUCAUAAAACAGCUUUUAUUUCUCUUUAUUUUUCUUUCCUGAUACAAUUUCAAGUUAUUUUAUACAUUGUACAUUUUUAACUUUUUUUUAUGAAUAUUGUACAUUCUUAAUUUGAACUUGU